AUGUCUCAAUCCAUGACUCUUCCAAUCCUUUUCCUUCUCUUCCUCGCCAUUCCAUUAUCCGAAUCUAAGCUCUCCAUCGACUACUACAAAAAAACAUGCCCUGACUUCGAAAGCAUUGUCCGUGACACUGUGACUUCAAAACAAAUCGCCAGUCCCACCACCGCGGCAGGCACUCUUCGUCUCUUCUUCCACGACUGCAUGGUCGAAGGCUGCGACGCUUCCAUCCUCAUCUCCUCCAACUACGUUAACACAGCAGAGCGUGAUGCCGACAUCAACCAAUCCCUCUCGGCAGACGCCUUUGACCUCGUGGCAAGAGCCAAGACCGCCCUCGAGCUAUCCUGCCCAGGCAUUGUUUCUUGCUCCGACAUCCUCACCUUAGCCACACGCAACCUGGUCACGAUGGUCGGCGGUCCGUUCUACAAAGUCCGAUUGGGACGGAAAGACGGACAGGUUUCCAAAGCUUCACUAGUGGAAGGAAAUCUCCCAAGAAGCAACCAAACCCUAGAUGACAUGAUCAAAUUCUUCGGUACAAAGAGCUUCACACUCCAAGAAAUGGUGGCUUUGUCCGGUGCACACACAAUUGGAUUCGCUCAUUGCAAAGAAUUCGCCGACCGGAUUUUCAAUUACAACAAAACUACACCAACAGAUCCUGACAUGUACCCAAACUAUGCUCAAGGGCUGAAGAAAAUUUGUGCAGACUACAAAACGAACAUUGCCAUGUCUGCCUUCAACGAUGUGAUCACACCCGGCAAGUUCGAUAACAUGUAUUAUCAGAAUCUGAAGAGGGGUUUGGGGUUGUUGGCAUCGGACCAUGUACUUGUUAAGGACCCGAGGACGAGGCCUUUUGUGGAGUUGUACUCGACGGACCAGGGUGCUUUUUUCAAGGCUUUUGCUCAUGCUAUGGAGAAGCUUAGCCAUCAUGGAGUUAAGACUGGACGUAAAGGAGAGGUCAGGCACAGGUGUGAUGCUUUUAACUCGAUUAAAGCUUAA